AUGCGAGCCCAAGAGCGAGGUGCGUCAAGAGACGAAUGUCUUUCUCGCAGCUUGUCCCGCUCAAGGUUCUUUCGGCAUCUUGCGGAUCUCGUCAAGUGUUGGUUGGCGCUAUCCUUCAUGACGUUCACGCCACCCUGGGCUCACCAACGGGGAGGAACCAUUUUCUACUGGCCAAACAACUGUCUCUGAUCGGCUUCACGGCUUAUGCAGCGCGCAAUUCAUCGAACGGUCGGACUCAAUUGACUCGCAGUCUCGAGCACACCUAUCGAUCGGAUGCGAGGUCGUCAGCCUUGCCUCACCCUUGCAUCUUUGAGGUCAGAUUCCUGUGGCGCCGUUGUUCUAGUAAAAUCGGCAAUGGUACGGAUACACAAGCAACAGAAUCUGCUAGGACUCAGCAGGUGUUUGCUACGUGGCUACACCAGGAGCUCAUUGCUUGCGCUGAGACAAGGCUGAAUCGCAUGGCCAGCAGGCCCGUAUUGCAGCUCAAAGAGUGAGUCCUCGAUGAUCUGCGUGAACGGUGGCAACAGCUCACCGAUAAUGAGCUGUGCCAUGCUUGUGCAUUCGAAGUGCUCCAACCUAG